UUCGGCGCAUAUCUCCACCCCAGUAUAAUUGUGACUUGUCGACCGUGCCUGAUAUACUCCUGGGUGAUGCGUCGGCAAUGUGAAGUUGAAUUGAGUAUUUUCCCAGCACAAUCAUGGACGCUACCAAGACAUUGCCAGCAUCGUGGUACACGUCGCAGAACCUGUACCUUCUCGAACAACGGGCCGUCUUUUACAAGGCAUGGUACCUCGUCGGUGCCGUACCUCGAUUUUCUGAGGAUCGGGAAGUCGACUAUGAGUUUGCUGGAGUUGCAGUCACCAUCCAGCAUGACGGCAAUGAGAACUUUACCGUGACCCGGAAAUCCGACGGUGCCGAGCUGCGACACUACCUGACGCCGACAGGGCUUCUUUUCACGACGGUCGACGAGUCUGCCCCAGAGUUUGCGCAAUGGUUUCCCGCAUCCCUCCUUGAAUUGUUGUCGGGGUACAACUUCCGGCGCCUCCCGCACCGGCGGUCGAUCAAGUAUCCCGGCAACUUCAACUGGAAGACCAUGGUCGACGGGUAUCAAGAAUGUCUGCACUGCCAGUACACGCACCGGUCCUUCAGCGUCAAGUAUCCGCCGACGUUCUACGAAGUGCACAACCACGGCACGUACAGCCGACAUAUUGCGGACCCAACGAAGCCUGACGAUGGCUUAUUUUUGUACUUUUACCCCGUGUGCACUUUGAACCUGUACGGUGGAGGGAUGAGUAGUUUCCGCGUGUGUCCUGGUGAGAAGGUCGGCGAAACGCGCAUGGAAUUUGAUUAUUAUUUCGAUGAUGGAAAUGGCGGAAUGGAAGGGUUUGAAGAGUAUUACAAGUUUGUGAGGAAGGUUGCGCUCGAGGAUUAUGAGUUGUGCGAGGUGGCGCAGAGUAAUCUUGAGAGGGGCAUUUAUUCGCAGGGCGUGCUGAAUCAGGUCAAGGAGAGUGGUGUGCUUCAUUACCAGCAGUUGACCAGAAAGAUGGUUGUGGAGAAGUUCAAAGAGGAAGAAGCUGAGAAGAAUGCGUUGAAGCCGGCGAGCAGUCGUGCGAGUGCCGGAUAUGCUGGUGCGCAGGAGGACGUCUCGGUUUCGGCAUGAUCGCACCAGAGUGAGGGUGUACGAACAUGGGGACAUCUGUCGAGUGGGAAGCAAUCUUCAUCUUGCGGUGGCCGAUAAAUGUUCGACUUGGAAAAGA